CAUCACGUGACGCCCGGCAGUGCCGCGAGGGGUCGGCGGUGGCUCUCGCUCCCGCUGGCACGGUCUGCGCACGGGUGAUUCCCGCCGAAUGAAGCGCACUGUGGCGUGAUGGCGAGGGCCUAGGGGAAGGCGCAGACAGGCCUGGACGCCGCCUGUAGCUGCCUUCGGCCUCCCGGCCUCUGCGCUCUUUCCUGCGCCGUUGCUAGGCAGCCGCAUCUGGGCGCGGGAGGCAGGGCGGGCUAAUGCGGAAAGGUACGGGUGCCGGGGAGGGGCUGUGAUUGCAGAGGGUCCGGGUGUCUGGCAGAGGGCUAUGGAGCAGUACCGCAUCCUGGGCCGCAUUGGGGAGGGCGCGCACGGCAUCGUCUUCAAGGCCAAGCACGUGGAGACUGGAGAGAUCGUUGCCCUCAAGAAGGUGGCCCUGCGGCGGCUGGAGGAUGGCAUCCCCAACCAGACCCUGCGGGAGAUCAAGGCCUUGCAGGAGAUCGAGGACAGUCAGUAUGUGGUACAGCUGAAGGCCGUGUUCCCGCAUGGCGCAGGCUUCGUGCUGGCCUUCGAGUUCAUGCUGUCAGAUCUGGCUGAGGUGGUGCGCCACGCCCAGAGGCCGCUGACCCAGGCGCGGGUCAAGAGCUACCUGCAGAUGCUGCUCAAGGGGGUCGCUUUCUGCCAUGCCAACAACAUUGUACAUCGGGACCUGAAACCAGCCAACCUGCUUAUCAGUGCCUCGGGCCAGCUCAAGAUAGCGGACUUUGGCCUGGCCUGGGUCUUUUCCCCAGAUGGCAGCCGUCUCUACACGCACCAGGUGGCCACCAGGUGGUACCGAGCCCCUGAGCUCCUGUAUGGUGCCCGCCAGUAUGAUCAGGGUGUCGACCUGUGGGCUGUUGGCUGCAUCCUGGGGGAGCUGUUGAACGGGUCCCCCCUUUUCCCAGGGGAGAAUGACAUUGAACAGCUUUGCUGUGUGCUUCGAAUCUUGGGCACCCCCAGUCCUCAAGUCUGGCCGGAGAUCAAGGACCUGCCUGACUACAACAAGAUCUCCUUCAAGGAGCAGGCUCCCGUGCCCCUGGAGGAGGUGCUGCCCGAUGCCUCUCCCCAGGCCUUGGACCUGCUGGGGCAUUUCCUCCUCUACCCUCCACGCCAGCGCAUUGCAGCCUCCCAGGACAAGCCAGGCCUCUUGUUCUUCUGCUCCGGCCUGAUUCGACCACAGUGGUCCUGCUCCUGGCCAGGCCAUCCAGCCUCAGCAGAGGGGACCCUCGGCCUGUGCUGUCGGCCUCCCGUCUGUUGCUGGUAACAGAUCCAUCAGAAGGAGGCGGGCCUGGCAGGCUAGGCACUAAUUGCAUGUUGACUGACCAGCUACUCUUCUGGGUCUGGAAUGAGGCUUCAAGGACCAAGGAACUGUGGAGGUGAGUGGAGGAAGAGCCAGGCCUGCUCAGGAGAGUAUCCCUCAAAGGAGAGAGGGGUGUACUUUUCAGCACUCACUGCGUUUCUGUUAAGUAGACAAGAAGGGACAAUCCACAGCCCUUACCAGCAGGAAACUCCUCCCUAGUUGGGGGUGUGAGACUUUUUUUAUAGUAUAUUGAAAUAUAAGCGAUUCUGUUAAUCAAGUGGAGGUUGAUGUAGGUGGGGGUACCAAACUCAGGGGCAGAAAUGUACAGCAAAUUGAAUGCAGCUGGCUGAUAGACAAAUCAAUAGACAAAUAAACCACUUUUAUUUGAUUUCAACUUUGGUGUAACAACAUAGUUAUAUAAGCAUGUUUGAUAU